CUGAGGUUCUUGUUAUCUGUAAUCGUUAGACUAGUGGUGUGAGAGUGUGGUCAAACUAAUGCCUGUGUGAACUAGUGUACGUAUAGUACAGUAUAGUGUUUUUGUGUCAGAAAUAAUAUGUGGAAGGAUAACACAGUACAAGAAAUUAUUUCUGCAAUCGGCAAAAAACGUUCAAAAGACUGUCCUAGUUAGAACAAUAUAGGUAUAGUGAAAACUAUACAGUACACGUUUAAAGAAACAAGGAAAAUAUUGGUAACAUUACAGCAAUCCUUACAACACUGUGUUGACGACACAGUGUAUCACAGUGCCCGUAACUUUGACUAUUUUCUCACAAAAAGAGUCUGAAUAUUCAUACAGAACAUGAUGAGCCUCACAAUGACGUUCCUGUUGAUGGCUUGGGUGAGCGGCACAGUGAAUGGCAUAGCAGGUGGGACAAUGGGUGAUGCAGAAGGUAACAGUGCAGACAGCGGCGUAUACCUGGAGGUUUUCCCGAGUGCUGAGUGGAAGGUGCCUGAGGACACCCUCCACCACCUCACACUGUCUCUGGGAUUCAACGAAAAUGACACUUACUGUGAUGGUGGGCAGGACCUGACGGAGGCUCAGCUGGUGGUGACGGUUGUACCUGAUGAGGACUGGAAGCUGGACUUUGUCAACAGAAGCAUACACUUCACGGUGGAGGAGGUGUGUGAUCAUGUCAACAAGAGCCUCACCUUCUCUGGCUACUACUGGGGGCUCACCAAGCUGUCCUUCUACCUCACCACCAACUACCAUCUCCUUCACUUGUACAACAACACUUUACUGAGGGAUGACGUGUUGAUUACAGUAGAUAGAAAGACCUACGUGUUGGACUUUGUGUUCAUCAUCUUUGGGGCAACGUUCGUGCUGGUCAACAACAUCAACAUGGGCGCCCAACUGGAGCUACAGAUCAUCAAGGCCGUACUCAGACGACCUCUUGGCCCUGUCUGUGGCUUUAUUUCUCAGUUUGCUUUCAUGCCUUUGUUUUCGUUCAUCAUGGGUAAGAUCUUCUUCGAGGACCCACUACAGCGUCUGGGACUGUUCACGCUUGGUUGUAGCCCAGGGGGAACCUCCUCGAACUUCUGGACCCUUAUGUUUGAUGGAGACAUCAACCUCUCCAUCACCAUGACUGCUAUCUCUACCAUUGCUGCCAUGGGGAUGAUGCCGCUGUGGAUGUUUACCCUGGGGAAGAAACUCCUGGAGGAUAACGCUAACCUCCAGAUCCCUUACUCCAACCUGGCUCUCUCCCUCGUCAGUCUUACUGUGCCUGUAGGGAUUGGCAUGUUCAUUAGGUUUAAGAGACCGGUGUGGGCUGACAGAGGCCGACGGAUCAUCAAACCUUUUACUCUUAUCGUCAUCCUAUUCUUCUUGACGCUUGGCAUCUACAACUCCUAUAAGGUAUUCACCAUGAUGACGUGGCAGAUGGUUGUGGCGGGGUUGUUGGUAGCCAUUUGCGGGUACAGCUUUGGUGCCAUCUUCGCUAAGUUGUGGUGUCUCCCGAGGGAUAAAGUCAUCGCCAUCAGUAUCGAGACGGCUCUUCAGAACCCAGGCGUCUCUUUCAUCCUUCUCAAACUCUCACUACCCAGUCCAACCAGUGAUCUUGCAGCCCUCCCAGCCAUGGCCACCAUGAUGAUGACGAGUCCGCCCAUGAUGCUGUGUUACCUCCUGUACUUCCUCUUCCACCGGUACUGUGGCUGCUGCCCUGACCCUGUCCCUCAACAUCAGCAGGAGCAGAAACCCUCCACUGACACCCAGCAGGAGGUUGCCAAAUUCCUCCCUGACACCCAGCAGGAGGUCACCAAGUCCCUCCCUGCUGCUGAGGAUGGCUAUGCCGCAAUGCCCGCCAAAGAAAAUGAGAAGAGAAACUAUGUUAUUGUCCUGGAAGGUCUCACUAAGAGAAAAGUAAUGGAGUCUGAGAAUAGACCUUAACUUUGUUAGCUAGAAAAGAAAUGAGAUGGAUAUUGUACUUUUGUUCCUGAAUAAAGUUAUGAAUGAG